AUGGAAGCAUCACCACUUCACUCAUACAAUGUCCGUGGUCCAGCGACCAUUAUUACAACUGCUGCGACCGAGGGGCCCUUCAAUUCUCCUGCGGUAACUGCCAACCUGAUAUGCCGAGUAUUCCUGGCUGUCGUAGCCAACUUGGUAUGCCUUGUUCCUCUUCGCCUUCUCUACCGCAACGGUGAGCUGGCCGCAGUGGUCCUCAUCCUGACCGUCCUGAUUAAGAAUCUGGAGACCAUUAUCAACGCGCUCAUCUGGCGCAAUGACGACGUCAUGUCAUGGUGGGCAGGCUACGGCUGGUGUGAUUUCGAUGCUUAUAUUCACAAUGCCACCAUUGGCCUCUUUGUUACCUGCUUGCUGGCAAUCAUGCGUAACCUCUCCCAACAAGUUGGGUUGAUGCGAGCCAAUGCACUUACAGCCCAGGAAAGGCGUCGCCGAAACUUGAUCCAAGCACUCAUCAUCUUUCCUUUUCCUAUACUGCAGGUUGCUUUGACUUGGCCUUUGACGGCCCAGCGCUAUAUUGUUGGCACUCUGAUGGGAUGCAAUUGGAUUCCGCAUCCGUCUUGGCCCUUUCUCGUCUUCUUCGUGUUGCCGCCUCCCAUCUUUGCCUUGAUCACGACAGGAUACGCUAUUCUCAUUUACAAGAGGUAUCGACAAUUCCACAAAACAACAGAACCAGCUCUAGGUAGUAGCCGCAGAGCACAGCAGAGGGGCCAGCGCACCAAGAGAAGACUCUAUCUCAUGGUCAUCUCCAUCCUCGUGCCGUUUCUUCCCAUAGUCCUGGCGCUGUCGGUAGUUAACAUAUUAGAGAUGCAUGGCAUACAGCCCUACGACUACGACCAAGUUCACAAUCAUGCUUCUCCAUUUGCAUGGAACACCAUCAUUUUCUUUUCGUAUUCUCAAAUCAACUGGACGUAUGUAAACAACUGCUACAUCUCGAUUGCCACCGCCAUACCCAUCUUCGUCUUCUUCGGAUUGACGAAAGACGCCAUCAACAACUACAGACAAGUUUUCCUCUUUUUCGGCCUCGGUAGAGUCUUUCCAGGUUUGCGGAGCGAGUAUGAUCCCGACAAGAUGGCGUCAAAUAACGGAGGCUCCUUUGGCUCCAGUCAACUUCAGGCUGUAACCACUACGCCUUCAAAAUCCGAGUCUCCCUUCUCAUUUAACGCAUCAAGUCGAACAAUUGGUUGUGGUCGUGGGCAUCCAUCCCAUCCACAAGCACAACAACCAGACUCUCACUUCUCCGUGGAUGUAGAGCACGCAACACAGCAUCGUAGGUACCCUGGUUACAACCCAUUUCCGUUCCGCACUCGCUUCAACAUACCAAUGCCGCCAUUUUUACAAAAGUUCUUCCAACGGAGGCAAGGGCGGCAGCGGGUCGGAUCAGAUCCUCAACAAGUCCCAGUGCCAUCAAUUCUGCCAAUGGGAGAAGCAUACAAUCCACCUGAUUCGACACAGGCUAACAUCCAGACACACGUCUGGUAUGGGGGUCAUGGUGACUCUUGCUCAUCUGAGUCUUCGCGGAUCGCCAGAAAACCCGUACCUGGAAGUGUCCAAGUUCAGACUGCGGUGUCACGAGAGACGGAAACACUUGCAAACUAA